GAACGAGCACCGAUGCGGUGCUCUUGAGCCAGUGGUGGAAACUCGACGUUCCUAUGGCGGGGGCGGUAGGAGGGGGGGGGUCCGCGGCGAGUCUAGCCGAAGGACAACCACCGCUGACUCGCCGACGUGUCGAUGCUCGUUGUGUUGACUCCGGAGGGAGAGAGAUGAUGGUGCCGAGUCUAGCCCCUUUCCACCUCCCCCGACCAGGAUUUGAACUCGCAAUCUUCGGAAUUGCGGAGUUGGUCGUCCUUCGGAUGCACUUGCACCCGCCGCAGGAAUGUGGAAACUCCAACGGGAGAUCGGCGCCGUCCCGCUGUUCGUUUGAGCAGGAAACUACGCCGACGCUUGACGGGCCAUCGCAAUUGCGACUCGCGCCGAUGUUUGAACACGCUUCUGUCCGCGUCCGGAGCGCUGACGCCACCGUCAUACCCUUGUGUGUGUGUGCGCGCACGUGUGUCCGUGUGUUGGCAGGUCAGUCGUACGAGUUGAGAAUGCUGGAUAACAGGAAGAUGGGAGAACUCCCAGAGAUCAACGGCAAAUAUGUCAAGAGCAUCGUGCGCGUCGUGUUUCACGACCGCCGUCUGCAGUACACGGAGCACCAGCAGCUGGAGAGCUGGAAGUGGAAUCGUCCAGGAGAUCGCAUCCUCGAUAUCGACAUGCCAAUGUCCGUGGGCAUCGUGGACCCGAGGGCCAACCCGACGCUUCUCAACACCGUGGAGUUUCUGUGGGACCCUGCCAAGCGCUCGUCCGUCUUCAUCCAGGUGAACUGCAUCAGCACGGAGUUCACGCCCCGGAAGCACGGGGGCGAGAAGGGAGUGCCGUUCCGCGUUCAGAUCGACACGUUCAAGCAGAACGACGGCGGGGAGUACACGGAGCACCUGCACUCGGCCAGCUGCCAAGUCAAGGUCUUCAAGCCGAAAGGUGCGGAUAGGAAACAAAAGACGGACCGCGAUAAGAUGGAGAAACGGACGCCGCUGGAGAAGGAGAAAUACCAGCUGUCCUACGACACCACCAUCCUCACCGAGAUGAAACGGGCCAGCACUAAUGGUGGAGACGCGCAUGAGAAUGAGCUGAAAAAAUCGACUAAGAGGACUAUGCUAGUCGAAGUCGGGGAUUAUCAUGCAAAGAGAGGCAGUUCUUGCUCGCCGUGGCCAGACACGACGUACCUCGACAACAGCCCCACCACUACCACGACGACCACCACGACGGUGGCCGCCACCAGCAGCUUCCAGCCGGCCACCUCCUCCGCCGCAGCCACCACCUUCGUCGUCAACGACAGUGACUGCUCAUCGCCAAACCAUCAGAACGACGUGUCCAAUAACGCCAUCCUCGAGAGCUUGACAGUAGACGCCCUCUUAACGACGCAGCAGAAGCUGUCACCCACGGCCACCAUCCAAGAGAUGCAGCAGUGGCUGCACCAACACCGUUUCUCCAGUUUCAGUCGCCUCUUCUCCAACUUCACAGGGGCGGACCUCCUCAAGCUGUCUCGAGAUGACCUGGUCCAGAUCUGCGGGGCGGCCGAUGGCAUUAGGCUCUACAACGCCGUCAAGGCCAGGUCUGUGCGCCCGCGCCUCACCAUGUACGUGUGCCAGGAGACGCAGCCUUCCAAGAAGGCCGCAGCGCAGACGCAGCCUUCGCAGGCCGUCACGGAAAACGGAGGCCCCCCGCACAGCGCCAUCUACGUCUACCACGCGGUGUUCCUGGAGGAGCUGACGGCCGCGGAGCUUCAGGAGAAACUCGCCACCCUCUUCAACAUCUCCCCGCGCCUGAUCCAGCACAUCUACCGGCAGGGCCCCACCGGCAUCCACGUGCUCAUCAGCGACCAGAUGGUGCAAAAUAUCCCGGACGAGACGUGCUUUAUCCUCGACACUCUGAAAGCGGAGAAUACGGAGGGAUACCACAUCAUCUUAAAAUGAGUCCGCGACCGCAAUCUCGUCCAGGAACAACUUGUGCAAGUCAUCUCUCCGUCGUCGUUACUGUAAACUGUUUUUAUAUUACCUGGUAAGGCCAACUAAGCUGUAUAUAGCUCCUUUGCAGAAGCGACCCGGCAAACAAACGAUCGCUUCAACUGAGUGGUCAUCACGUGGAAGCAGAUAGCAGCCAAGCACUCUAAACGCGUGAUGCGGAUUCUAAAUGUGGAGGGGGAAAACCCGGGGGACCCGAAGAAAAAUCCACGCGACCACGGGGAGAGCGAGAGAGAAGACAUUACGUGCUCCGAAUAUACAGCAGGCGUCAGGGUCGGGAUCGAACCCACGACCUCCUGUAUACCAGGCGAGGCAGUUAACAUCUCUGAGCCACCGUGAUGAUGAUGAUGAGAGAGAGACACCGCAAACUACAAGUAUACAGCAGGCGUCAGGGUCGGGAUUGAACCCACGACCUCCUGUAUACCAGGCGAGGUAGUUAACAUCUCCUAGCCACCGUGAUGAUGAUGAGAGAGAGACACGCAAACUCCAAGUAUACAGCAGGCAUCAGGGUCGGGAUCGAACCCACGGCCUCCUGUGGACCAGGCGAGGUAGUGAACAUCUCUUAGCCACCAUGAUGAUGAUGAGAGAGACACGCAAACUCCAAAUAUACAGCAGCAGGCAUCAGAGUCGGGAUCGAACCCACGGCCUCCUGUAGACCAGGCGAGGCGGUUAACAUCUCCUAGCCACCACUCAAGUGCCGCUGAACACACACACACAGGAGACCUGUGUCGGCGGAAAGCGUUUAGCGAUUAGCACCAAGCACCCACCGGAUUGUCAACGUGCCGGAAGCGAGCGGAGGGAGGAGAUUUUGGGGGGUGUGGGGGGGGGCUGCUUCGUGCCGACGCGUCUGCAGCGAGCUCGGCAACGACUCUCGCCAAUCGCGGCCAACCCACUUUGCGUUGGCGUCUCGUGCGUGCUCGCCCUCGCCGGAGUUAACAGCAGCAAAAAGAUGAAGGUGCAGCGCCGCCAAUUUGCCGGCCCGCGCCACUGCUGCCGGAUGAAAGGAGCUCUUAACUGCGGUGAAUCCAUUCAACGCUUCCGGGUGGACAGAGGCUGCUGGGUGGGAGGGCGGGGAGGGUGUGGGAUUUUCUAAACCUUUACCCCCCACGCUGUUUCAACUUUGGAACCGGUGAGCUCCGUCGGAAUUUGCUAAAACCGUGAGCCUACGGCGAAGGCAUCGUCCGCCCGUGGCUGCGUUGCCAGACUCUGCCUGCUCUCCAGUGGUGAAACCCCCCAUCCUGUCGACUUGAUUCUUGCUGCCGUUGAACAGUGCCGACAGCGCUUGUGUGCGUGCCAUUAUUGCAUUCGAGAAAGCAAAAAAACAAACGCAAGCCGGGUUUAAUAAAAAAUAAUAAAUCCGCACCUCCGAUUGGCACGGUUGGCUACGUACGGUAGGCGAAAGGAGUUCAACGUUAAUGCACAAACAAGCCGUCUAAAAACAACGUCCGGCAAUAACAACGAAUUGCCUUAAAACGAGACGGAAUAUCAUCGGUUGACGGAGUCCGGGGGAGUUCGCCGUUCUUCAGAGCGCAUCAAGAAGGGGCCGCCGAGAUUUUUUUAUUUUUUUUGUCAACCCCCCCCUCACUCCCGGGGCAAACCCUGGCGCGGAGCCCCGGAGGUGGAUUAUGGAGCCGGACUGAAGACCGGCUUGCACUAUUUUGGGCUCCGGAUGCCCCGCCCGCCCGCGCUCCGUGCCAGGACGCGGCGCGCGCGCCAACAAAGGGAGCGAGUGUGCCCCCCCCGGACGCAAAGCAUGGCGAGUGACGCGCGGUGGUAAGACGCGGACCGAACCCUGGAUUUUCACCAACGUGGAAUGUACAAAAUAAUUGUAGACCUUACGGAGCAGCGCGUGCGCUACGCUGCUGUGCGCAGUAUGCUUCCCGCGGUACGGUGCCGUGUUUGUUAUUGCAGCGUAGCCGGGACGGGUUCAUGGUGGUCGUAUUUUGUGUGCGAUCCGCUCCGUGCGUUGUAUCUCACCGUGGCGCCCCGGUCUGCGUGUACACACGAACGCAUGUUUUCGUUGAUGAUGCCGGGGAUAGUUCAGGACGUGUGGUGCCGCUGGUGUAAUACGGCAAACCCGGCCCAGUUAUUGCCGUGAGGUUGAAAUACAGCUGCCCGUUUGCAUCGCGUACUAUUAUUUACACUGUAUUUAACAGUUUAUACAGCUCCUGAUGCUAUUUUCAUCAAAUCACUCGCCCGUCCUGGAGGACGCAGUUCGUUGGGUCGCGCAGGACUAAGCUGGCUCUGCACCGACGAUUGUCCGACUUGUUACAUCGCCGUCGUACGACUAACGUCGAAGAUUCACGACGAGUUUUAUUUUUAUUUUCUACGGCCGUCGGGUCAUCCGUGCACAUAUAACGUGCGUUGCAAAGCCCUCCUCCACCCGACGCGCGGCACUCCUGACAUUUUUAAAACGGCAGUGAGAUCGCUCUCCGAUGGUGGCGGUGCUGCUGCUGCUCCUGCUGCUGUUGUUGCUGCUGCUGUUGCUGCUGCUCCUGCUGCUGUUGUUGCUGCUCCUGCUGCUGCUGUUGUUGCUGCUCCUGCUGCUGUUGUUGCUGCUCCUGCUGCUGUUGUUGCUGCUCCUGUUGCUGUUGUUGCUGCUGCUGUUGCUGCUGUUGCUGCUGCUGUUGCUGCUGCUGUUGUUGAUGCUGCUAUUGCUGCUGCUGUUGCUGCUGCUGCUCCUGCUGCUGCUGUUGCUGCUGCUGCUCCUGCUGCUGCUGCUCCUGCUGCUGUUGUUGCUGCUGCUGUUGUUGCUGCUCCUGUUGUUGCUGCUGCUGUUGCUGCUGCUGCUGUUGCUGCUGCUGUUGCUGCUGCUGCUCCUGCUGCUGCUGUUGUUGCUGCUCCUGCUGCUGCUGUUGUUGCUGCUGCUGUUGCUGCUGCUCCUGCUGUUGCUGCUGCUGUUGCUGCUCCUGCUGUUGCUGCUGCUGCUCCUGCUGUUGCUACUGCUGUUGCUGCUGUUUUUCCUGCUGCUGUUGCUGCUGCUGUUGCUCCUGUUGCUGCUCCUGCUGUUGCUCUUGCUGCUCCUGCUGCUGCUGUUGCUGUUGCUGCUGCUGCUGUGUCAAUGAAACUGGCCACGUUGGCGACUCCGCGUUCAUCUCGUUGCAUCCGCGGUACCCGCGUGGGCUGGAGGAGAGGUCGCGCGACACGUUUUUAUUGUCAACCCGACCGACCGCAGCGCGGGGUGGCGGCAGCUGGCGCAAGACGUCACGUGCCACGUUCAACUGAUUCUUUUUCAGUUUUUUAGGGGGUACGGAUCACCCCCCACCCCCGCGCGCCCCCAGGCGAUUUGAACGUCGCCGAUGUCCUGCUGGGUCUGUGUAAAUAGCUCCGGCCGCGUUGCCCCGUCAUCAUCGUUCACCCCAUGGAUGGUUCCGCACUAAUUUGUCGCGGAUACAUCUGUUGUUCUGCUGUGUUGGCCCUGGCUCUGCCUGCUGGUCUAUUUACCCCCCCCCCCCCACACACACACAGUGCCGGAUGAAGCUAAGUGCGGGGGGCCUGUAGCAUAUGAUGCUAUAAAGGGGCCCUAAAUUUAAAUAACACAAAUAUUAAAACACGUAAAUAUUAAAACACGAAUGUUAAACUUGCAUAGUAAAGUAAUUGUAUUUUUUCAUUUGCUAUACAGCCGGAUAAUACGGCAAAUCGCUAACCUUAAACACCCAGUCGUUCAUAAAAGUUGAAGGCGGUAUAGUACUAUAGUAAUAGAGCAAGUGCAGAAUCACUGAUCCGGAAUUGAUAGAUUUCGAUUUAAAGCUUUCGUGACUGCAGGGAUUCAUCUUCUUUGUUCUUUCGGUAAAGUCACGUAGAAGGGAAAUAAUAAAAUAAUAAAAAUAAAACAUUAUUUAAUUCUUACGACGUUUCGGCCACAACGCAAGCAGCUGUCAGGUGAAGAACAGGUAUAUUUAAGCUGCCAAGCAUGGUGGCGUUCAUUCAGACGCUGUCUUUCCGACAGACCUGUUCUUCACCUGAGGACGGCUGCUUGCGUUGUGGCCGAAACGUCGUGAGAAUUAUUUUAUAAUGUUUUAUUAUUUUAUUAUUUCCCUUCUACGUGACUUUACCGAAAGAACCAAGAAGAUGGAAUUGAUAGCUUGAAAGUGCGGGGCCCGUAGCUACUGAUGUAGUGACUUGAGCUCCUAGGAGAAUUCGGCACUGACCACACCUUACCGUCACCCCGGCCCCACCAGCCCCUUCAGCCCCUCCAGCCCCUCCAGUCCCACCAGCCUCUCCAGCCCCUCCAGCCCCUCCAGCCCCACCAGCCCCACCAGCCCCACCAGCCCCUCCAGCCCCACCAGCCCCUCCAGCCCCACCAGCCCCUCCAGCCCCAACAACCCCUCCAGCCCCACCAGCCCCACCAGCCCCUCCAGCCCCUCCAGCCCCACCAGCCCCUCCAGCCCCUCCA